AUGGCAGAUAUUGAUGAUGGCACAUCUGCACCAGCGGAACCUCUUGAUCUUGUGCGACUUUGCCUUGACGAAGUUGUUUAUGUGAAAUUGAGGGGGGAUAGAGAAUUGAAAGGAAGGCUACAUGCCUACGAUAGUCAUUGUAACUUGGUAUUGGGUGAUGUGGUAGAGACCAUAUAUGUUGUAGAGGAGAGUGAAGAAGACGACGGGGAGGAGAUCAUAAAGACCGUUGUCAAGAAAUCUGAAAUGCUGUUUGUCAGAGCCCUUUCAUCGAACAGUUCUAUGGGAUAUGCUUUGAAGGUGGUUGAGCUACUCAAGUAUCGUUGCGCAGCUGAGGCUCUCAGCGAGUUCGCGGAAUACGUGGAAAAGCAACAAGUACUUCGAUAUCCCUCCCAUUCCACAGCCAGUUCAACCACCGCUGGCCCCUCAACCGCCGCAACAUCUACCACUUGCGUCGAAGAUCAUGCCGAGCUUACGGAUAUCUUGGACUCUCUCGAUAUAGCAGAUAAUAGUCCUCAAGUUCGAAUAAAAGAUCUUCUAUUGUCGACUGAUGCAGACGAAUUGACGGUUCUCAAGAAUGUUUUGGAAAUGCGGUUGGAGGAGGGACAUGGAGAGACUAUCUUUGAGAUGGGGUUUGAAAAUAAUGGGGAUAUGAUGAGAUUGAAUAAAGAGGAAUGGAAUGUUGCACUGGAAACAUUAAGAGUUGCGGCAGGAGAGUGCCGUAGUGAUUGUCACGUACUUUUGACGAAAGGAGUGGGUGGCGAGAUGGAGGGCGAGAGUGGAGAUUCGAAAGAGAAAGAUUGUGUCGGGAAGAUUCUAAUACGACAAUAUCCUGCCAGCGUGCAAGAAGUUAUCGAGACAAGAAUUGCCGUGGUAGGAAACGUCGACGCAGGAAAAAGUACCAUGUUGGGUGUAUUGGUGAAGGGGGGACUGGAUGAUGGUAGAGGGAAAGCAAGAGUCAACCUCUUUCGACAUAAACACGAAAUUGAAAGCGGGAGAACUAGUUCUGUUGGUAUGGAGAUUAUGGGAUUUGAUACCAAGGGCAAAGUUGUGGCAUCCGACGUCCCAGGUAGAAAGUUGUCAUGGGAAGAAAUUGGAAAACGAUCGGCGAAAGUUAUCUCCUUUACGGAUCUGGCUGGCCACGAACGAUACUUACGAACUACUGUUUUUGGACUGUUGUCUUCGUCUCCAAAUUAUUGUUUGCUGAUGGUCGCUGCAAAUAAUGGUCUCAUUGGUAUGAGCAAAGAACAUCUUGGUAUCGCUCUUGCGUUGAAUGUGCCAGUUAUGGUUGUCAUUACUAAAAUCGACAUUUGCCCUCCUCAGAUUCUUGAACAAACUAUCAAACAAAUUACUGGAAUACUGAAAAGUCCUGGAGCAAGAAAGAUCCCAAUCUUCAUCAAAAAUCGAGAAGAGUGUAUCAAUACCGCCACUCAGUUUGUUAGUCAACGGAUUUGUCCCAUCUUCCAAGUAUCCAAUGUUACUGGUGAAUCUUUGGAUCUUGUUCGAGCUUUUUUGAAUAUUCUUCCUCAUCAUGGUCAUUAUGAUGCCGAUGCACCUUUUGAAUUUCAUAUCAAUGAUACUUUCUCAGUCCCAUUCGUAGGAACCGUCGUAUCAGGAAUCGUCAAGUCCGGUAUUGUCCACGCAGGUGAUACUGUACUCAUUGGGCCCGACUCUCUGGGUCAAUUCACCACUACUACAAUCCGUUCCAUAGAACGUAAACGAAUAUCAGUCCCAGCUACAUCCGCCGGCCAAUCUGCUUCCUUUGCACUCAAGAAAGUUCGAAGAAGAGAUGUUCGAAAAGGAAUGGUUGUUCUUCCCAAACUCGAACAUAAUUCCCCAAAAGUCUACCGAGAAUUCAUAGCAGAAGUCUUGAUCCUUUCUCAUGCAACCACUAUCAAGACGAAAUAUCAAGCGAUGUUACAUGUAGGACCUGUGAGUCAAACAUGUUCCAUUAUUGAUAUCGAUCGAAGUUACAUACGAACGGGUGAUAGAGCAACAGUAGCUUUUCGCUUCGUGCAGAGACCGGAAUACCUGGCUCCGGGUGAUAGAUUGUUGUUUAGAGAGGGUAGGACGAAAGGAUUGGGGAUCGUUAAAAGUGUGGGAUAUGAUCCGGCGAAACCGCUGGGUGGUAUUAAAUCUGAUGGUGAUGGUGAUGGUGAUGGUGAUGGUGAUGGAGCGGAUGCUGUGGAGACGGAUGCGCAAGCUGAGGCGACGAAAACUGCAUGA